ACUACGAAAGCUCCGGAGACGGCGGCAGCCCGCGGCGGCGGCGAGCGGGGCGGCGGGCGGCGGCAGGGCGGCCUCUGCCCCGGCGGGGGCGCCGAGAGCGGCGGCGGCGGCUCUGCAGGUCGGGCGCCUUCCCCCUGCCCUGCAGCACCGCCUGGCUCCGGGGGGCUUUUUCUUCCCCCUCGCCCUAUUUUUUAAUUUUUCAUUUAAUCGAUAGGCGCGGAGGGAGAGGGGCCCCGGGGGGGCAGCGAGGAGUCGGAGCGGUGCCGUCCAGCCCGGGGAGGCGGCGGCCGGGCACCAUGGCAGACGAUGAGAAGGCCGGCGGCGGCCCCGGCGGGAGUUACGCGGGGGGCUGCGAGAGCGCGCACUGCAACGUGCUGAGCUGGGAGCAAGUGCAGCGGCUGGACCGCAUCCUCAGCGAGACCAUCCCCAUCCACGGCCGCGGCAACUUCCCCACGCUGGCCAUGCAGCCCCGCCAGAUCGUCAAGGUGGUGCGGAGCCGGCUGGAGGAGAAGGGCAUCGGCCUGCGGGACGUGCGGCUCAACGGCUCGGCCGCCAGCCACGUCCUCCACCAGGACAGCGGGCUGGGCUACAAGGACUUGGACCUCAUCUUCUGCGCCGACCUCAAAGGGGAAGCCGAGUUUCAGACUGUGAAGGACGUGGUCUUGGACUGCCUCUUGGAUUUCUUGCCCGAGGGGGUGAACAAGGAGAAGAUCACGCCGCUUACCCUCAAGGAGGCUUAUGUGCAGAAAAUGGUAAAAGUAUGCAAUGAUUCAGACCGCUGGAGUCUCAUCUCCCUGUCCAACAACAGUGGCAAAAAUGUGGAGCUGAAAUUUGUGGACUCUCUGAGGCGGCAGUUUGAAUUCAGUGUCGAUUCCUUUCAAAUCAAGCUGGACUCCCUGCUGCUUUUUUAUGAGUGUUCAGAGAAUCCGAUGACCGAAACUUUUCACCCGACUAUCAUUGGUGAGAGCGUCUAUGGGGAUUUCCAGGAAGCCUUUGAUCACCUCUGCAACAAGAUAAUCGCCACCAGAAACCCAGAAGAAAUCAGAGGAGGUGGUCUUCUCAAGUACUGCAACCUUUUGGUAAGGGGCUUUAGGGCUGCCUCCGAAUCCGAGAUUAAGUCCCUGCAGAGAUACAUGUGUUCAAGGUUUUUCAUUGACUUCUCAGACAUUGGAGAACAGCAGAGAAAGCUGGAGUCCUACUUGCAGAACCACUUUGUGGGAUUAGAGGACCGCAAGUAUGACUAUCUCAUGACCCUUCACGGUGUGGUGAAUGAGAGCACAGUGUGCCUGAUGGGACAUGAGAGGAGACAGACUCUGAAUCUGAUCACCAUGCUGGCCAUCCGGGUCCUAGCCGAGCAAAAUAUCAUCCCCAAUGUGGCCAAUGUCACCUGCUACUACCAGCCAGCCCCCUACGUAGCAGAUGCCAACUUCAGCAAUUACUAUAUCGCCCAGGUUCAGACGGUGUUCCCUUGCCAGCAGCACACAUACUCUACUUGGCUGCCCUGUAAUUAAGGACCGAAAUUAGUAGACCCGGUGGGGAGAAUGUUUUCUAAGAUGUAGGAAGGGGCAACACGCCCCUUUGAAAACGGGGUGUUUUGUGCAAUGAUGAUCUGCUCUGGCGUUCAAGCUUGGGGAAAGCUUGCGGUUCUUCUAAUAAAUACCGGGAGCACGAUCGAGAAAGAACCCCCAAAUAAUUGGAUCCUACCCCAGAGCACAAGAGGCCUGUCAUUAAAAGCAACCAGCUUCCCCUGAAAUAAGUGAGGGAGGAAUGCUUGAUGACAAUAUGGGUUGGCAAUAUCUGCUCCCAUAGCUUUGGCAUAGAGAAGGUGGGAAAGCCUUAUUUUCUGUUAAUUUUUAUUCUUACUCUAGAAUGGGAUCUGCAAAAGGGAGACUAUGAAAGAAACAAAACACAAAAAAAACAACAAAAAGAAAAAAAAAUCACAAAAAACAAUUCUAUAUAUAUAUAUUCAGGAAUUAAAAGUUAGAGGCAUAAAGCAGAGAUAAGCUGAAUAAAAAUGUAUAUUGGAAUUACUGCAUUUGGGGCUUGCAGCAAGUGCCGUCUAUGGAUUGACCAUGUAGAAUGUAUAGCUUGCUUGACUAGAAUGCUUUACCAGAAACAGCUUGCUCCAAAUGAACAGUAGUGGAUUGGUACAGUUAUAAAAACAGAAACACGUACGAUGACAAAGUCCAUUAUUUCCAGCUGUGUGCAUGUCUCACAUUUUAAAAAUGCGAGAGUGCAGGAAAACCAGCUGUGGCAAACAGAAUAUACUCAAGGACCAAAGAUUUCACUAAUAAGUUAUCCGAGCAAAGAAGAUACAGUAGAGUAUAUAUAUAUAUAUAAAAGAAAAGAAAGAUGUUGCUAUAUUUGUACACACCAACAGUAAUCAAAAGUGCCUGAUGCCUUCAUAAAAUUUGAAGUGAGAAAAAAAAAAUAUAGUUUUGUGGUUUAACCAUGCAUUUUGUUUUAUCAGGGACACAAGGAUUAAAAACAAAAAAACCCAAACCAUAAGCUUGUGAAUAAGUGGUGGAGGAAAUGCCCUAUUUUUUUUCUUGGCAAAUACUUGUAUAGAGUUAAUGUUAUGUCGGUGUGCUAUUAUCCUAGGUACGUGUGUGUAUGUGUGUAUAUAUGUUUGUGUGUGUAUAUAUGUACGUGUUAUAGGUGUAUAUCUAUAUAUAUACACACACAAUAUAUAUUAAUGUGGUCUAGGAAAAUGUAGCAAUUAAGGAAUGUUUAAAUAAAGUACUAUGUGUUUUCCAGUUUGCAACAGGAUGUCAUAGGACAGUGGGCACCUUGCAGUGAAUUUUUAACCCACACCUGAGAAAUUUGGAGUAAAUGAACCAGUCAGGAUUAAGGUGGGAUUCAGAUAAUGUCUUUGGUUGCAAGAACACGGAUUACAGUAAUUCAGUGGGUUGCUUGUGAGCCAUAAUAAUUCCACAGAUGGAGAAACAUAUGACUAGCUGAUUUUUUUUUUAAACUAUUUUGUACUGUAAUGCCAUUUUGACAUUUAACCCACUAAUGUUGUGACUGCAUACCUCCAUGAUGUGUAAUUCAGUGGAACGUGGAUCAAAGAUAGGUUUAUUUAAACCCCCUGACAGCUAAAGAAUAUUGUAUUAGUUGGUGAUUUGAACACUAAUUGUUAAUAUUUAAAGGAGUAUUUUUAAUCGAAUGCGUUAUGCAUUCCAGGACCACUAGAAUUUAGCAAAUGUGAAAUGAACCCUUUUUAAGAGUGUUGCACGAUUGCUUAAAAUUAUAUUUUAUAUAUAUAUAUAUUAUAUAUAUAUAUUUUUAUGCAAAUAUUAAACAUCUUUGAUCUGGUUGUCACACUGCAUUUACAAUUUCAGUACUGUACUUUAUUUAAAUGGAAUCACUUUACAUUGGAACAAUAACUAUUCACUUUCAU